UAGUGGGGGUACUAGGACGUUCAUCGCGUCAACCGUCUUUUGUUUAGUGUAGUUAGGCCGUAGUUUUUUCGGGACUUAUAAACAACAACCGACAAUAGGCGCUCUACUCUACCAAUUGCCCGUUCACCGUAGUGGCGUUUCUGUGUGUGUUCUCCAACAAAAAGAAAUACACUGUUGUUGGUUGUUAUUCUCGUCAUAUGGUCUAUUCCUUUUGAAGACAAAUAUAUAUAGAUAGAAAUACAUAUAUAUAUUUCAUUAUAUAUAUAUAUAUACUCAUUCGGCUUAAGGUAUAUAUAUAUAUUCUAUUCGAGCAAAGUGUUCACUGGACAAUGGAGAAUGAAGCUCACCAGAAUUGUGCCGCAAAUCAAGGCCAAAACGAUGCCGCUCAUGAUCCAGGAAAAAUGUUCGUUGGAGGAUUGAGCUGGCAAACUGCACCUGAGGGUCUUAGGGAGUAUUUUAGUAAAUUCGGAGAAAUCACAGAAGUGAUGGUGAUGAAAGAUCCCACCACCCGGAGAUCUCGGGGUUUUGGCUUUGUCACAUUUGCGGAUCCCACUAGUGUAGAUAAAGUUUUAGCUAGCGGCACACAUGAACUAGAUGGUAAAAAGAUCGACCCCAAAGUUGCCUUUCCGAAACGGGCACACCCAAAGAUGGUGACCAGGACCAAGAAAGUAUUUAUAGGUGGCCUCUCCGCCCCCACUACUUUAGAGGAUGUAAAAAACUACUUCCAGCAAUUUGGUAGAAUAGAAGAUGCUAUGUUGAUGUUUGAUAAACAGACCAACAGACAUAGAGGUUUUGGAUUCGUCACAUUUGAAAAUGAAGAUGUUGUCGAUAAAGUUUGUGAAAUUCACUUCCAUGAAAUUAAUAAUAAAAUGGUGGAAUGUAAGAAGGCCCAGCCCAAGGAGGUGAUGAUGCCGAGUAAUGUAGCGCGCGGACGGGGAGCAGGUAGGGCUGCGUACGACAUAGUGUGGCCCCUGGGAGCAUUGACCGAUGGCAAUGACGGGAUGUUGUGCGUCCCUCUGACCACAGCCUCUCGAACCGGCUUCGCUGCAUACAGCUACGGUCGCGGUGGCUUCCCGGGCUACCCCAGCUUCAGCUAUCCCUUUGCAGUGGAACUGAAUGGUCAGCAGACGUCCCCACCGCUACUAACUCAAGCCCUCUCAGUGAUCAACAACUACGGUCCGCAGAGCUUCGCGCAGCCGACUUCUCCGGCCAACAGCCGCGGAUUCCCGGCCACCAACAGUCCGGGUCCCAUCGACCUGUACACCUCGGGCCAGGACAGCGUGGGCUACGUGCAAGCCACGAGCCCGCAGCCUGCCGGAUUCCCACCCAUUGCUGUAAGUAGGGGGCCGCUGAUUGCCGCAGCCUUCACAAAUGGAUAUCAUUGA